AUGUACAUUCUAUCGGAAAUUGUGGGCUUUGAGUCUUCCGAUCCGCGUGAUAGGGUGUAUGCCCUGAUCGGAAUGAUGCUGGAGCAGGUCAAUAUCAAGCAUCAGGGGUUCACCACCGUGAUCGCCAGUGAUGAACAAACAUAUCCCGUGGACUAUCAGAAAAAUACCGAAGUCUACCAGGAUGUCACCCACCACCUCACCCGAAAUUCCCAAAGUCUAUUGCCUCUUCAUAUCUUUCGCUCUUAUACGCAAAAGAAAGGCGAUCUUCCAGGUUGCUUGACAGUUACUGGGGUGACAAUAGCCCGUGUAGGAGAGAGAAUGCUCAAAGAGCAGUGGGGGGACCUAGCGGACCAUAAGACGCCGAAAUGGAGAGUCGAGCUGGGCUUUCUUGCAAGUGGAACAGGAGAUCUGCCCGAUCGAUUGGCCACAUCCGGAUCGAAUAAGGCUCGGUUCAUGCGCUUCAUUCAGUGCAUAUCAUACAGCGCCUCCAAGAUCGACUUUGCCCUGCCCACUAAUUACGAAGGCGGUGUACAAAGUUAUAAUAAGGAAAUGGGGAGGGGGAUAUUCCGGCCCAAAUUGAAAAUGACAACACAACUUUGCAAUUUUGAAGGCAGCACGGCAACGAUCGACAUUGGAAACCCGAACUCCCAGCCUCGCUAUCGCAAGAGGUAUACAUUUGUCGGCCCUGCCGUGCUCCUACAAACUCCCGUCCCCGAUCCCGGUUUGAAGGAUUUGGAUUUCGACCAGGUUAUUGAGCUGCCGGCCGACUCUGAUGCGAUUUUCACCGACGGAUUAAAGAGCGAAGAAUUCUGCUUGACCUAA